AGCUGUCAGAUGGCUGGGUUUUACCAAAUUUGAAAAAGACCCAGAGCCUCAUGAGGGAACCUCAGCCAGACUUGCUGAUACCCAAGGAAAACAAUGACAAGAAAAUUCUAGAAGUCGCCCAGAAGAUCAUUGAGUUGCUGACAGGAGAGGUUCCUAUAAGGUGUCAGGAUGUCACUGUCUAUUUCUCCAUGGAGGAGUGGGAAUAUAUAGAAGGACACAAGGAUCUCUACAAGGACGUCAUGAUGGAGAACCGGCCGCCCCUCACAUCACCGGAUGGAUCCAGUAAUGGGAACCCACCAGAGAGAUGUCCCUGUCCUCUAUAUUCCCGGGACUCCACACAGGAACAUCAGGAGAUCCCUCAGGAGGAUCAGGUAGAUGGAUCCAGUAUUUGGAACCCACCAGAGAGAUGUCCCCGUCCUGUGUAUUCCUGGGACUCCACACAGGAACAUCAGGAGAUCCCUCAGGAGGAUCAGGUAGAUGGAUCCAGUAUUGGGAACCCCCCAGAGAGAUGUCCCCGUCCUCUGUAUUCCUGG